GCCAAAGUUGAGAAACAAUGGACGGGCACACCAUCCUCUUGUGUAUCACCCUCUCCAUUCCUCUCAUCAUCUUUAUGUUCAAAGGUCAUGGGCGCAAGAAUCUCCCGCCUGGUCCGCCGGGCCUGGUCUUCUUAGCCAAGAUGUUGAUGCAUGGGGGGCCGCUCUAUCAUUUUGGCUCAGUACUUCGCAGCUUGCAUGCCCGCCAUGGCCCCAUCAUCUCCGUCUGCCUCGGGCGAACCUUCGUUUUCGUGGCCGACCGCCGCCUCGCGCAUAGCGCCCUCAUUAAGGGCGGCGGUAACUUCGACAGCCGCCCACCGCCGAACGAUAUGUUUCAGCUAUUUUUAGGGGGUUCUAUGGCCGCCUCUCCCCUUGGGGCCUACUUUCGUCUGGUCCGCCGCAACUUGCACCUGGAGGCACUCCACCCAUCCCGCGUCAGGCUUUUUGCGCCGGCCAGGCAGCGCAUCUGCGAAGCGUUCGUUGGCUCGCUGCGCCGCGAACGCGAUGCAUCAUCCGAGAACAUUGUUACGGUGAGGCCAUUCUUGGCGCGCUAUUUGUUCAAUCUGCUCACGUGCAUGUGCUUCGGCGUGACGCCUGGCCAGGAAGCGCUGGACGAGAUGCAGCAGCUCCAGCUCCAGAUUUCGGACGCCGUCAGCAGGUUCCCCAUCUUCGAGGGCAUCUUCGUCUAUCAAAUCACCAAGAGGCUACUGCGAAAGCGGUGGGUGGCGCUCCGGAAGAGGCAAAUUGAGCUGAUGCUACCGCUGAUCCGCGCGCCCCGCGGCGGCUCCGAGGGUGACGGUGGCCCCCGAUGCUACGCCGACUCCCUCCUGGAGCUGCGCGUGCCAGAAGAAGGGGACCGCCCGCUCAGGGAUGAGGAGAUGGUAAGCCUCUGCACCGAGUUCAUGAUUGCCUCAAUGGACACUUCCCUGGCCUUGUUGGAGUGGAUCAUGGCGGACCUGGUAAAGCACCCCGACGUCCAAGCCAAGCUGUAUGAGGAGGUGAGGGGCAAGCCUGAGCUCACUGAAGACGAGCUGCGCGGGAGCGGGAUGCCAUACCUCAAAGCCAUCGUGAUGGAGGGGCUGCGGCUGCACCCUGUGGCCCACUUAGUCUUCCCACAUGGCGUGCAGAGCGACACAGAGAUGGGUGGAUACAUGGUGCCCAAGGGCGCCGACAUCAACUUCUUGGUGGGCGACUUUGGGCUCGAUGAGACCGUGUGGACCGCGGCGAGGAAGUACCAGCCUGAGCGGUUCUUGCACGACCACGACGUGGACAUCACCGGGACAAAGGAGAUCAAGAUGGCUCCUUUUGGUGCCGGCCGAAGGAUGUGCCCGGGCUACGUGCUCGCCAUACUGCACGCGGAGUACUUCGUGGGCAGCCUCGUGAGGGAGUUCCAGUGGCUGCCGCCAGCACAAGGUGAACAAGACACUAUCGACAUGACGGAGGAGCUAGCUGUGGCCAUCAACAUGAAGCACCCGCUCCGUGCUCGCAUCAUCCCAAGGGCUUAAUUAGUUACUUCACGAGGAUGACUAAUAAAUAAGAAACCACCUCCCGGCCUCUUAAUUUGAUCGCAUCACAUUUCUUUUUGAAUAAUGUUGUCUCCUCUUCAAAAUUGUCUGUUAGCAUAAUAAAAACUGUCCUUUUGGUGUUUCGUUUCA